GUUAGUGACUGGUUAUAUUAUCCAAUUUUAUCCCUCCAAGUCAGUCAAAAUGAUAGAACCAAGGAUUGAGUUUCGUUUGAAAAAUUCACCAGGAGACUGUGUUCAAAGUGUAAAGUUUAGCCCAAAUUCAUCACAAUUUUUGUUAGUGGCUUCCUGGGACAAGACUGUCCGGUUAUAUGAUCUUGUUGGGAAUCAUAUGAGACUGCAAUACCAGCACUCAGCUGCAGUGCUUGACUGCUGUUUCCAGGAUGCUGUGCAUGUCUUCAGUGGUGGACUGGAUAAUCAGCUCAAAACAUUUGACCUGAACACCAAUGCAGAGGCUGUGCUUGGCAGCCAUGACUCUGCCAUCAGAUGCGUGGAGUUCAGCAACGAUGUCAAUGUUGUAGUGACUGGCUCGUGGGACAACACAAUCAAGGUGUGGGAUCCCAGACAGCAACGAGAAGUUGGGACUCACCAGCAGAAUUAUAAGGUGUACACGAUGGGCAUGUGCGGCGACCGUGUGGUGGUUGGUACUGCCAACAGGCGCGUGCUCAUCUGGGACUUGCGCAACAUGGCUCACCCUCAGAUGAGGCGAGACUCUUCCCUCAAGUAUCAGACGCGCUGUAUUAGGUGCUUCCCCAACAAGCAGGGCUACGUAGUCUCUAGCGUGGAAGGUCGUGUGGCUGUCGAGUAUUUGGACCCAAGUCCCGAGGUGCAGAAGAAGAAGUAUGCGUUUAAAUGUCACCGCAUGAAAGAAGAAGGAAUUGAGAUAAUCCACCCCGUCAAUGAUAUCAGCUUCCACAGCGGUUACAAUACAUUUGCUACGGGUGGGUCCGAUGGCUACGUCAACAUCUGGGACGGUUUUAACAAGAAGAGGUUGUGUCAGUUCCAUAGAUACCCGACCUCCAUCUCUUCCCUCGCCUUCUCCCAUGACGGCAACACGCUGGCCAUUGCGUGCUCGUAUUUGUACGAGAAAGGCGAAAUUCCAAACAUACCAGAGAAUUCCAUCUACAUCAGACGCGUCACAGACCAGGAAACCAAGCCCAAAUAAGUUUCAAUGGACUUCCUCAACAUCUUGACAAUUAGGAGGUAUCAUAACUUCAUGGUAGGGUUCGAUAUCAACAUCUCACUUAUUCCACCCAUGUAAGAUUGAAUGAUGAAUGGUAGAAAUAUGAUUAGCGUUAGGUGCUUGCUCGGUCAUUUGUACGGGGUUUGCUCAUUUUAAACGACAUUUAAUUUAAAUUCAAAUGUAUGAUUAACCUUAGCGAUGUAAAAGAAUGAAAGUAAAAAAACCCUGCCAAUCGUUGCAAUUUUUCCACUAUUGCAACCGUAGCAUCGGGGAGCGUUUCAACUGCUGUUGCUCCCUCAGCCACCAAGUCUCACGAAGUCGACUACGGUACAUAUACGCAAAAUGUUAAGCUAAGGAGAAACUACCAAUCUCGCAAUGUCUACAUGCUGAGAAAGGCAUUAUUCAAUCCAUGAAAGUGAAGACUAAAGCUCUCCAGCUGCCAUCAGGGCUUCUAUUUUGAUAAUGUUCCAGGUCAUUAUUUGUAGCUGGUAAUGUCUAUCUUAUUAUUAAUCACUAUUUGCUGAACUAAUUCGCAAUCCUUUAACGUCCACACUUCGCAAAUCUGCAAAUGAUCUGAUUGACAAAAUAGAGAAGGCAAGACGAAAAA